CUGUGUCUCUAACCCCAUCACUACCUCAUCAUUCCUCUUUUCCUUCUCCAUAACCAAUAAGAAAAGUCUUAAACUCUCAAUUCUCUCUACAAAUUAAGUCAUGGCGGCUCUCAUGGCACUUCUCGUGUUGACAUUUGCCUCAUUCUUCGCCACCUCCUUCGCCGAUCCCGAACUCCUCCAAGAUGUUUGCGUUGCCGAUCUCAACUCCGCUGUGAAAGUUAAUGGCUUCCCCUGUAAGGCCAACGUAAGCGCCGAUGACUUUUUCUUCGCCGGAUUAGCCAAUCCAGGUCUAACCAACAACACUUUCAAGUCUAAGGUUACCGGGGCCAAUGUUCAGAAUAUUCCUGGCCUUAACACCCUCGGUGUCUCUCUCGCACGUAUCGACUACGCUCCCGGAGGCAUCAACCCACCCCACACCCACCCACGCGCCACCGAGGUCGUCUUCGUUCUCGAGGGUGAAUUGGACGUCGGGUUCAUCACCACCGCCAAUGUUUUGAUCUCGAAGAAGAUCAAGAAGGGAGAGGUCUUUGCUUUCCCUAGAGGACUUGUUCACUUCCAGAAGAACAACGGGAAUUCCCCCGCCGCCGUCAUCGCCGGAUUCAAUAGCCAGUUUCCCGGAACUCAGUCCAUUGCGACCACAUUGUUCGGCGCGACGCCGCCUGUGCCGGAUAAUGUUUUGACCAUGGCCUUCCAGGUUGGUACUAAGGAGGUUCAGAAAAUCAAGUCUAGAUUUGCUCCCAAGAUGUAGAGAGAGAGCAAUAUUGUUUAAUGUUGUGACCAUUACUUUCUUUCUUCUUCUUUUUUUCCGUUUUUUUUAUAAUUCGAAAAAUGAAAAAAAAAAUAGAAAAAUAAAUUGGGGUGUUAGAAAAUGAAAAUAAUGUACUUAUUUCUUUUGUAUGAGAAAUUCUUCAAAAUGUAAUGUUUGUUCCUCUUGUUACAAAAUAACACUUCAUUAUACUUUUUUUUAA